UUUGGAUUGAAGUUUUCAUCCUGACUUCUUAAGAGGAGGGGGAGGGAAAAAGGGAUUUUUAUUUUCCCCACUGAAUUUCAUUGAAAGGUUCUAGAAUGCCUCUCCUUUUUAAAAUCUUAUUUUAUUGACAAAAGCUGUAUUGGGGUAAAAUCCACGGAAAGACCUAGAAGGGGGGUUGAGUAUCUCCCCUUUAGAGGUUAAACCUCUGCUAGGUGGUUUCUUUUGUUUUGUUUUGAUUUGCCUUGCCUUUGUGGCUUUCUCUUACUUGGAACCGAGAGAAGUCGCUGCACUUCUCCUUCACAGAAUCAGUCACGCCGGCCCGAGGUUCACGCUGAGGAUCUGCAGUUUUCCGAGCUCAAGGGAGUCACUUUUAGAGCGUGUGGGGGCGGUGGGGUAUCUGAAGCAACAGGGUUCGUGCCUCCGAGCUGCGGUGGCGGCUCUGUUCUGCCGAGCACUUGCAGGCUGUGUAAUUAAGCGGGCAGGCGCUGAAUUAAAUCUUUGUAAAGCCCACCGAGUGGGGGGUUCCUGCAAGCUCUUUUCCAACCGGUCUCAGGCGGCUGGGAUAACAGCAGCAGCAGCAGCGAGCGAAAAGGGGGAGCCCACUGGACGCCGCAGGAGAGCCGAGACCCGCUCGGAACAGCGCUCCCCGCUGAUGGACACCCUCGGCGGGGCCCGGCCCCUGCGGCUGCUCCUGCUCCUGGCGCUGCUGCCUCCGCUCCGGGGACAAGAUCUGUCAGUGGAAGAAUGCUGUGACAAGGGUGUUGAAUGGGCAAAUAAAAACAGACUAUGUGCUUCUCUGCCGUUAAUAUCCGAGUCUAGAGAAUGCAGCAUGACCCAGGCGCAGUGCUGCCGCAGCCAGCUGGAGAAGCAGUCCUGUUCCGAUGGGGUUGAAUUUGCCAACGUGCGUGAGGAGUGUGACUCGCACAUCGACAAAAAUUCCACCUGUGAAGCCGAAUACUUCAAGAGGGAAUUUGGAGACCAGGCUGAUGGAUCAUCUGAGCAAACAAUACCUCUUGAGAAGCAUUACUCAGUAUCCCAGACCAGCUACAGCAGGGAUUGUUUUGUGGCAGGCCACGCAGAGGCAGCAAUGCACCUUUCCACCUCACAUCCCCGCAGUGAAACAGGCACAACUGGCCCUCCUCUUCCAAAGGAAGAGCCUAGGGGAGGCUGGCACAGUGAAGGAGGAGGAGGGGUUCUUCCUCCUUAG